AUGGAAGUACUAGAUACAAAAGACGAAUAUUACGUCGACAUAUUUUGCAGCGUAGAAGGAGCUCCGCACUCACAUGUCCAAUUUCUAUGGUUUUCUGAACACGGAAUUAUUGCGACAGACUCAGAGGGUGAAUGUAGUUAUUCUAACGGAUUGAACAUAACUAGGAGAUUGCGGAUUAGUCGAAAGAGAGCAGAAAGGCUAAAAAUGAUUUAUUGUAAUGUUACCAAUUCUUUAAUAAAGAACCGCUCAUGCCUCUAUGAGGCCUAUAUUAGUCCAAUACCUGAUUAUACUUGGAGUUUCAUCGUGAGUAUCAUCUUAGGCUCCGCAAUAUUAUCUGUCAUCAGUGUUAGCAUAUAUCUAAAAGCAACAGAAAAUCGAAAUCUAAUAUCUAUGCUAGAGACCUAUAUCUAUAUAAAAAAAACGAACGUAUUGUUGAUACAAUCACAACCAUUCAUAACAGAAGAUAUGGAAAAAUUCUGCCAAGCGAUUACUACAAAACACAAUGUCAACGUUCUUAGGGCCAUCCCUACUCAGUGGAUUGAUAUGAAAACCAUUCGAGAAAGCUUGACAAGAUUCAAAGUUAUUAUAUGCGUCAUAAGUGAAGCAACUAAAUCGAAUACAGUACAAAAAAGAUUUCAAUUCAAGGAUUGGGUUUGUAAUAUUAUUAAAGGUUGUCUGGAAAUAAGUAACGAUGAUAUACCGCCCCUAUUUAUAAUCAUGAAUGAUAAAUUGAAUCAAGAUGAAUAUGAAGAUGAUAUCAAUACUUUGGAGUACAUUACUUGCAACGAUAAAUUAACAGAAGAGCAAAGAGAACGACUAGAAGAAAGCUUUUCUCGAUUUUAUGACAAAGACUGGACGAUUUAG